AUACAAAUGUCUUUAGCAACCAUAUUCUUGUUCCUCUUCUUCCUUUCUGUUGUUGUUUCAGCCAAUGAGAAGACAUCAGCCUAUGAAGAGCUUCAACACUAUGACUUCCCAAUUGGCAUUCUUCCUAAAGGGGUGAUAGGCUAUGAGUUGAACUCAAAAACAGGCGAGUUCUCGGCGUAUCUCAAUGGCUCAUGUAAGUUCAUGUUGAGUUCAUAUGAGCUAUAUUAUAAACCUGUGAUAAAAGGAGUUAUAUCAAAAGGGAGGCUAAUGAAAUUGAGUGGUGUUACUGUUAAAGUUGUAUUUCUAUGGGUUAACAUUGUUGAGGUUAGGAGAAGAGAUGACAAUCUCCAAUUCUCUGUUGGAUUUACUUCUGCAAAUUUUCCUAUUAGGAGCUUUGACAAAUGCCCUCGUUGUGAAUGUGGAUUGCAUUGUGUUAACGAGGGUGAUGGGGAGUUCAGGCAAAAGCUCCUCGUGUCUUCCUCGUAGAGUACUCUAGCAGUGGUGUACACAUAAUUUUAUGCAUAUAGUACUGUUUGUUUAUUGUUACAACUCGUCUUGUCACGGGGUUUAGUUCUGGGGCUAUGGGAUUCCAGAACUAUACUUUCUAUUCAAAAUUGAUGUUGCUUUGAGAAAUGCCCUCGUUGUAAAUGUGGAUUGUAUUGUG